AUGGAGGAAUCUGGAGUCGAUGGGGGUUGCAGGGGGUGCCUCUGGGGCCUUCCUGGCGGGCGGCGCUCCAGGCUUUCCGGUCGCGCUUCCUGGGCAAGAACGGGCUUUGAGCUCACCCGCCAGGCCCACCAUGCCGCACGCACAAAGUCCCUCAUACACGACGCGGAGCUCUUGUUCAAGGAGGACAACGGCGGGAUGCACGUUGAGAGCCAGAUGGAGAGGACCUGGAGGGUGGGCCAGCGCGACAUUGCCCAAGGGGCGGGCGAGGAGGCCGCAAAGGGCAGGCAGGAGUGGAUCUUGGAUGGCGGUCCAUACAGAACUAGAUAUACGAGGAACGGAAGACACCUCGCCAUCGCUGGAAAAGCUGGCCAUGUAGCUACAUUCGACUGCAAAACAGGCACGCUGCACACAGAACUGCAACUCCAGGAAACCUGUCGCGACAUCACCUUCCUGCACGACCAGUCACAUUUCGCAGUCGCACAGAAAAAAUACGUCUUCAUCUACGAUCGCGAUGGCGUCGAAUUGCACCGUCUAAAAUCUCACGUCGAGCCUACCCGACUCGAGUUCCUCCCCUACCACUGGCUCCUCGCCAGCGUAGGAAACGCAGGCUACCUCAAAUACCAAGACACCUCCACCGGCCAACUCCUCGUCGAACACCGCACCAAACUCGGCCCCUGCACCACCCUCACCCAAAACGCCCACACCGCCGUCCUCUACCUCGGCCACCAAAACGGCACCCUCAGUCUCUGGACGCCCAACCUCCCCCAGCCCGCCGUCCAGCUCCUCGCCCACCUCGGCCCCGUCGUCAGCGUCAGCGUCGAUCCGAGCACCGGCGGCAGGUAUAUGGCUAGUGCCGGUGAGGGAUUGUCCGAAUUGAAAGGAUUGGUGAGGGAGUGGAGUGCGAGGGGUGGGAAGACCACUGCUGCCUGCACCGCUGCGGGGUGUGGCUGCUGUGAUGAUGGCGGCUAUCUCCUGACGGCUUGGAUCGGAUGGCUUGCUCGGCAUCGUGCUAAAAUGCAUCAAGGGUUGGCGGAUGAGACGGAGGUGGCGGAAGACGGCCGGGGGCGGGGGGACGACGGGGGUGCGGGCGACGAUAACGGGAAGAAGCAGAGUAGGGAGGAGAGGGAGAAGAGGAAGAUGCGCGGCAAGGGGAAGAGUAUGAAGAGAUACCUGCGAAAGCAGCGCAAGAACGUCAUCGAUCCCACCGCCGUCGCCAUCCGCACGAAACUCGAGAAGCAGAAGGAGGAAAAACGCGUGGCGAAGGCGAUCGAGAAGGGAGAGGUGGAGCCGCGGAAGCCGUCUGCGCUGGAUCGGUUCAGGCGGUCGUAGUCGCUUUUUUGCACGCUCUUUUUCGCGCUGCUUGGGCGUGUGCCGCCGUACUGCCCCGGGGCGCGCGCGCACACGUUGCGGUUGCGGUUGCGGUCGCAGUGGUUGAAGUUGGUGCGGUUGUUCAACAAUUUUGGGUAUUGUGACAAAAAUACAAUACUGCUUUUUCUGAGCGGAUAAAUUUGAAAGAAAGAGAAGAAAAAAAACAGGAUAUUUGGCAUCUGUUCUUCGCGUUUAUUGUAUGGUGACACUUUUGAAUUCUGAAUCAACAAGACGGUUUUGG